GAACAGUUGAAGACAUCUAAGGUGGGCGUUUCGAAUUUUUCAGGAUGGAGUCCACUCCAGUUUGGGCACCAUUUUUGGGUUUAAUUGGAUGUAGUUCGGCGAUGAUAUUAUGUGCACUUGGCGCAGGUUACGGCACUGCUCUUUCCGGUAUGAGCAUUUCAUGCAUUGCAGUAUCCCGUCCUGAUAUCGUCAUGAAAACCAUAAUACCAGUUGUAAUGGCAGGAAUAAUUGCAAUAUACGGUCUUGUUGUUUCUGUGUUAAUUGCUCAAAGAAUAGAUGACAAUUACACCCUAUUCAUGUCAAUUAAUGAUCUUGGUGCCGGUUUAAGCGUGGGAUUCAGUGGACUGGCUGCUGGCUACGCGAUUGGGAAAGUUGGUGACGCCGGUGUGCGAGCGACCUCCAAGCAACCAAGAAUGUUCGUUGGAAUGGUGCUUAUUCUAAUCUUUGCGGAGAGUACGCGUCGUAGUCAAAGAAGCUGAUAGCCAACUGUUCAGGUGAUAUUUUCCCGCAGGCUGUCAAUCAUUGAACAGUAAAACAACAUAUAUCAAAUCUGAACUAACACUGCUGGUUAGAUAAUGUGUGAGCAUUUAAGGUAACUUGAUAUUGCAUUUGAGUAUCGUAUGAAAUUCAACUCUGGAAUAAAAGUUCACUCGGCUGAUGAGUCUUAAACGGAACAAAACGGACGUCCUGAACUUCAGUGCUAGGUACGACUUAUAUAUAUUCAAACUUGUUAACAGCGCAUUGUUAAUUCUGCUUAUUAGCAAGGAUAUAUAUACAUUUGCGUAUAUAAAACAAAUAAUUUGCAUUUGAAGAGUUGACUCUGUUUGAUAAUUCCUUUCUUAGAAUUUCUUGAAAAUCAUACAUUUCAAAAUCCUAUUAAAAGAGAUUUCGUUGUAAUUCUCACCACGGAAACUUUCUUUGGUAUUUUUAAUACACGAUAUAACUACAUGAAGUUCCUUACUGUUACGAUUGUUGGUUUACACUACUAGUUUUUAAUAUACAUGUUGAAUAGUACUACUAAUGCCUGAGUUAAGUUUAAUGUAUUGUCGAUAGUCUAACUACUUGUGUUGCCCACCUGUCCGAUGCUUGAUAAAAUUGAAACUAAUCAAGAGAGGUUCGCUGAUUGCAAGAAAGUUUUUAAAAGCAACAUUAUUAGUAAAACAUUAUUAAUUUUAAUUGGCAUUACACUAUCAGUAUUAUUAGUGUGUUUUCUUUUGCUACGUAUACAUUAGAAUCAUUUCAUUUGUAAAAUUAAUAGGAUUUACCUGAAUGCAUUACCCUCUUCUUCAUCAAGUACACCAUAUGAUCGUGAAAUACAUUUUGUUGUAUCAGCUAAAAGUGGUAUUUUCAUUGGACCUAAUCCACCUGCUUUACGAUCCAUAUUUGUCCAUGCCAAAUGACAAUAUUCAGAAUCUGUUGAACAGGCAAUAACUUGACAAUUUCUUUUUUCAAAAUCUUCAACGCGUUCACUAUAUGCUAUAAUUUCAGUUGGACAGACAAAUGUACUGUAAAAAGAAUAAAAUAUAUACAGAGGAAUACUUCUGUAACAGUAGAUCAAUGAUGUGUUCUAAACAAUUUCAUAAGUGUACGCCAUAUAAUCUGUAAUAUACCUUAAGUUUUUGCCAACUUAUCUACUGUUCCUUUAGAUAUUUCAUUGUACCUGAAAGAAGUUCUGUAUUUCUGUACAUAAAACUUAGUUCAGUUCACUUGUCAGUGACUUCAUGGAUUUGCGCCAUGUUUUGGUCUGGCCACCCCUAGCUUUCUUCUAACCUAAUCCUACACCAUAAAACAUCGCACGUCGGGGAAUUCAGUGGCUGGGCAUACCUAAUACGUG